GGAGGGAGUGUUAACCCUCACUCGCAAUAUGCACGUGUAAUCUUCUUUUGAAAAGGGAAAUAAUGUAUCAAAUGAACGAUUUAAAGUGAAAUCGUUAACCUUCCCUUCUUUGUCUCUCUUCAAAGGUUCAGACGGGUCCCUCUGAAGCGUGAAAGACGUUUUGCUCCGAUUCUUUUGUGGAUAUCCCCGUCUCCUCUAAUUUAAGCGAGUUGUCAGGGAAGAGCAGCGGAUGGAUGUUAAACGGAGAAUGAGAUAAGCAUCUUUUCAGUCGCUGAGCGCCCGCAAAGCUGCUGCAUUCCCUUCCCGGGAACAGUAUAAAGCUACAAGAUCCCAUACAAAGCUACUAAUCCCGAAAUUUAUGACCUCAGCCUAGGUUAACUUCACUUGCAUGUUUAUCGCCUGGAUGAUGGUAUUACUAUUGGUCCCGAGGGGUGAUGUAAGCUGAGUAAUUCAAUGCAGGUGCACAUAGAGGAGCUGUCCGUGCUGCUGUGGUGCUGAUGCGGCUCUGAGAAAAACGAGCAUGGCUGCUGGGAAGUUGCUCCUCUAUGCCGGCCUCUCUCUUGCACUGUGCGCCCUCGGCAUGUUGGCGGUGGCCAUCUGCUCCGACCACUGGUACGAAACGGACGCAAGGAGAUACAGAGAGAGGUGCAAAAGUUUUUCCAGUCGCAGGAACGACCCAGGCUUUAUUUACAUUCCCAACAACAGCCUCCCACUGAGGGCGAGCAGAUCGAGGCUGGACCGCUGGGAGGAGAAGCUCCUGCUGGCGAGGAACCGGCGGCAGCUGUUCGCUAUGAGCGCGGCAGACGAGUGCAGCCGGCAGUACAACUCCACCAACAUGGGGCUUUGGAGCAAAUGCCACCGGCUUGGAUUCGACCAGGACAUUGAAGAGCUCAUAGCGAAAGGUACUAUUGAGCGAUGCUCCUUCAUCAAAUACCACUACUCUUCAGCCAUGAUACCGAAAAACCUUUCCUACAACAUCACCAAGACCAUUCGACAGGAUGAGUGGCACUCCUUGCACUUGCGACGAAUGACUGCAGGCUUCAUGGGCAUGGCUGUGGCAAUCAUCCUGUUUGGCUGGAUCAUUGGGGUUCUUGGAUGCUGCUGGGAUCGUGGGCUCAUGCAAUAUGUAGCAGGCUUGCUCUUUCUUAUGGGAGGCACCUUUUGUAUCAUCUCUCUGUGCACUUGUGUAGCUGGCAUCAACUUUGAGCUCUCCCGGUAUCCGCGCUAUCUCUAUGGGCUGCCAGAUGACAUCAGCCAUGGAUAUGGCUGGUCCAUGUUCUGUGCCUGGGGAGGCCUGGGCCUCACCCUUAUUGCUGGCUUCUUUUGCACUCUGGCCCCCUCUGUCCAGCCUCUCCCUCGUUCUACCUGCCCCAAAUCCAGGCCAGAGAAUGGAACUGUCUGCUAAAGUUUCACGACGGACCACACAUCUCCAGCAAGGAGGCCAUCUGCAUCCGAUUGCUUCAAGAGACCCACAUACUUCCUUUUUUGAGGGCCUCACACAGUACAGUGAGGGAAAAUUAUUUCUGGUCCUUUCUGGCCACAGACAAAUGUAAUAUUUUUUUAAUAAAUACAGUAGGUGGAAACAACUCUGUCCUAUACUCAGCCUUGAAAAUUACUCUGGAAUGAGAAGGAAAUACGAUGAAAAACGUGUUUGAAGAGACAGAUUUAACAGUAUGUAUGUAAUUAAAACUGUAUAGGUAAAUGAAUUAAUAUAUAUGCACCUUUUUUCUUUCUUAAGCAGAGCGCUCCUUUGCUCUUCCAAAGAAUGCAUUGGCCGUCCAAUGGGAUUCUAUGAAGAUGAAAGAGGAAUAAUGGUGCAGGACAAAGUAAAUUUAAGACAUACUGUAUUGGCACUGUCUGCUAUAACAUACCUCCCAGUCUAUCAAUGGAUCCUGUUACGGUCUUCCUGUUGCCUAACUCUUGACGGGGUGAGAAAACAAAAUCGUGCAAGAAACAUAUUUGCUCAAACAGUUUCAAAGAAGUGUUUAUUUCCUCGUGUGAUUUUGGCUCAUGGGAGCAGACAUCAAUUCAAGAGAAGACGGAUACUUUAAAUUAGCUCCAGCAUUAAAAGGAGGUUCUGAAAAUUUGAACGUCUGCUGCUGACCCGCAGCACUGAACACCCCUUCGCUCGCAGUCCUGCAAGGUUCAGGGUUUUGGGGGGGAUUCUCCUUCAUUAGUUGUGUAACACAGAACAACAUGAAACGUUACUGAAAAAUACCUGGGUGAUUUUCAAACUGCCUUAGGCCUCCUCUCAGUGGAUGAAUCAUCAAUGUUUUUGCUGAGUACUCUCCUACACUGUGAGGGUUUGGAGCUGAACAGCCUGAUAAUGUACCUCUGGGCUUGUAUAAUAUUGUAAAGAAAUAUUACCGAAAUACGAAAAUCUAAAUCAAAAUUCCAUGUACAAAGAUAUUCAUUUUCCACUUCAGUCCCAUUCUUCCAGUUCCUGUUUGCAAAGAACAUUUUUGUGCUCCUUUUUCAUUUUGUAUUUAUUUUUGUUCACUUUUUUAAUUAGUCCCGUGUGUGUGUGUGCGUGUGUGUGAGCACUAGUGCCUGGCUGUGCGACAUUUUUCAUGAUCUUCAUGUUCCAAGAAGUAACUGGGUGUGUCUGUUUUACAAUCUCUGUACAAAAAAAGAAUCAGUUGUAAAAAAAAAACUAAAGACCUAUCUCAGAAAAUGGUGAGAAAAUUUAAUACAUGGGAAAGAUGCAGUAUCCUGUUCACAGUUAAAACAAUUCACUGUAUUCCCAGACUCCUGAAAGAAGUUACCACCUUGUGAACAUGUUUGAACAGUACAGCUGCCAUUACAGAACCUAUGGGGUAACAAAUAUUAUGUCUAAUGAGAACAUGAGUUUAAAGCCUCUCUGGGAAGCUGGAUUAAUAAAUACAAGUGUUGUUUCUAAAAACAAUGUAUGAUCUGGGUGCCAGUAGGAAACCAGACCAUUAAAGAAUUUGGAAAUACAAUUUCAGCUACACUGUAGAUUGACAUUUUUCAAGAAAAUCCAAAAUUAUUAUUUUUUGCCACCAUGCAGUUUUACGGGGAUUCGCCAAUAUUAAUUAGCCUCUUCUUAAAGAACAUCUAAAAUUGUGGGUUUUCCAGGAUAUCUUUUCACCAGCAGACUUCUAUAGAUGCAAUUUUAUGUUUAGUUAUAGUUGUUUGUGCAGUGGUGUCUAGCAUCAGUGUUCUGUUUGCAUUUUAGUACUCUGGCUAACUCAUGUCUGUCAGCAAAUAAAAAAAAAAUGUUAAUGAAUAAAAAUGAUCCCAACUAUAAAAACUGAUAUUAUAAUUAAUUAGCUCCAAACUAAUAUCAUUAGUAAUAACAGUCAUUGAUCUUAUGAACACAAUAAAGACAGAAGAGUGUUCUUAAAUAUAAUACAAAACUUUUUUGUUGUUUUUCUUUUAGAUGUUUUGCAUUCUGCUUUUCGUUUCCUCAAACAAAUUGCAUGUGUAUACUUCAUGCUUCCUGUAGCAUUGUUGGAGAGACAUUUCAAUGUUUAAAAUAACUAUAAAUUGAAAUAUGUACAGUAUAAUCCCCAACAUAAGAGAGGAAAAAGGAUUGUUCUUGAUUUAUAUCUCCAUUCACCUCUCUAUUGCUUUCCUAUUCAUUCAUAACCCUGGCUACCAAAAGCAAUUAUGAUAUAACCAUUAAAAUGAAUGUGUAUUGCUUCUUUGAAUUCCAAAUUUAUGUACUGUAAACUACAGACUCUAACCACAGAUUCUAGUAUUGUGACCACAAGCAGGCAUUUUAUUUUUAACUUAUGGCCGAAAUUGUUCAGUAAUAAUUUUCUUAAAUUUGGUUGAAUUCUCAUAACCAAAUGAGCUGACUAAUAGAAAUGAAUAGUCUUUUGAUUAUACUUUGGUGUUAUCUCACUUGGGUGGAAAAACAGCCCCAUAAAGAUCCCCUUUUUAGAUUUUGUUUGCCUUUUGCUGUGAAUAUUGUAAUGGCAAACAAAUUAACACAAAGUCUUAAAAUAUUAAAUACACUAUUCCUAUAAAUUUCACCUUCUAGUUGCAAUAAUGUAAAGUUGACCAAACUACUGAAGUAGAGUCUUUAAACAGAAGUUGGGGAAGAGGAUGAAACUUCCAUUCAUUUACUUAUAAAUAUCUUGCCUUGUAGGCACUUCACACAUUUUCUUACACUCCUCCCUCCACCCCAUCUUCACCCUUGAAGCAGCCUCCUUGGUUUAUUCCUUGCAACUGAGUGGGGUUGACGGGGGGAGGGGGGGAGCCUUUUGUCAAGCUUUGACUUGUCAGGCUGCCAUAUCCUGAACCAGGAGAGCUAACACCAAACAUUAAAAUAUUAAAUACAUUAUGCCUAUAAAAGAGGUCAUCUUGUCGCAUUGAUUAGGAUUUGACAAAACUACUGAAAAAUAUAAUGUAAGAAUGUAAGAAUUGAUGCAAAGGAGAGGAAGCCUUUCAUCCCAUCUUGCUUGUUUGGUGGUUUAGAAGAAUAAAGCCAUUUUUUUAGUAUGGACCUUAACCACUUAGCUGGGAAUCCUGUUUCAGAUAUUCUUUGUGCAAAACAAUAAUUCAUAUUUUCUGUCCAUAAGGAAUUUCUUUUUAGUUUCUAUGUCCUUGUUUUGCUACCAAGUAUGAUAGGGUUUCCUGUUUUGACACUCUCCAUAUUCCUUAGGAAUUUAUAUACCUGGAUCAAAUUGCAUCUUGAACUCCUUUGUUCUAAACUGAAGUAACUUAGUCCGCUUAAUUUGGACAUACAUGUACAGUAUAUGACAAUCCUAUGAGAAUAAGUAUCAUUCGUGCUCAUCUUCAUGGAACUAUUUAUAAGGCUAUAAUAUCUUUUUUUGGUACAGUGACUGAAACUGAACACAAUAUUGUACAGUAAGUGAAACAAGGCUCACUGCAAUGAGCAUGUUAUAGAGGUGAAGACCUGGUCUUUCUGUGUGGCAGUUAUCCUCUGUUUAGGUGUUGGUUUUGUGUGUUCUUAAAGCCAGUGGAGAAAUGUUACUGGAUCCUGACAGAGCCAGAGGAGAGCUGCACUUGUAAAACAGAAUUUGACAGAAUUUCCCAGAAUUGAUAUUCACAUAAAUACCCAGAUUUCUUUUUGCACCUUUGUACCUUCACAUUUAUCACUGUUUAUUUUCCUUUGCCAAAUGUAUUUUCUAAGACUUUUUAUAAGUGUCAUGCCACUGCUAUUGUGUUUGCCACUCCCCCUAAAUUGGCAUCAUCUGCAAAUCUAACAAGUUUACAAAUUAUGUCAGAAUCUAGCUUAUUGAUAUAGAUCUGAACGAGCAAUGGACCUAAAAUGGAUCCUUGCAGCACACCACCGCUCAGUUAGAAGUCCUGAUCCUAAAGAAAAUGCACUGUUUCCCUAUUUGAUAACCAGGUCUCAAUCCAUGCAUGUACAUUAACUUUAAUUUGAUAAACAAUCAGCAGGGACUUUGCCAGUACAAAGUGAGUAGGGUACAAAAAUGCUUGUACAAAUAAUCCUAGCAAAUGUAUUAAAUAAUUGCUCUAUAAACCCUUGUUGGCUAAAUUAACAAUGUUUAAUUUUUAGUUUUCUGAAUGUUCAUAUUUUUGGCAAGUAUUUACUUUAUUGUUUCUGUAGUAUUGUGCCUUUUUUGUUGUGAGUACAAUCUCAGAGCACUUUAAUUGCAAUAGAACAAGGUUACAAGAAGAUUAUAUGAUAAAUGGUAAGAAAUAAUUAAGUUUAAGAGAAAAUAUAAUCAAAUACAACCCAACUACACGUAACUGUUGUAGGUACAAAUGCCAAUCACCUAUUUGUAUUUUUACAUUCUCAUAGAAUUUUAUGAGAAUUUAAAAUUAUUUUGAUACCAAAGGGUUACUGUUCUCAUUGUAUUCAGAUAUUCACUUUAUAUAAUUACAUACAAUUAACAUGUCAAAGGUCUUAUAAUUUUGCAGCUGAUGCUACUUUUCACUAAACUGAGCAGCUGACAAAACUAAAAGCAUAUGCAGAAUCCCUAACAAUGAUGCUUCCUAUCUGUGACUACUUGUCAAGACUCAGAUGUGGACAGAAUCUAAAUACCCACUGAAGAGGACUGCUGUAAUUGAAUGCCCUCAAGCACAGCAUCAUGCAACACAAACCAUAUUCAAACAACAUAAAAUGCACUAUCAGGCAUCUAGUCCUUCUGAUUCAAAUGUGUCAGAACCAAUUCUGCAUUGCUAAAGAUUUUUUUUUAAAUUACACAGUUCAUCAGUAGCACAGUUGAUUCCCAAAAGUGAUUACAAGUGAUUACAAUUUUUAUGCGUCUUAAGAAAUAUAUCCUGUAUCAUUUUUAUUUACUAUUUAAAAUAACAUGCUUAUUGAAUUAAUGCAAUACACAUCAUUUUAAAAUGAUUUUCAGAUUUAGAUGAAUAAAUACUUUUUAAUCCUGAUAUGAAUACCAAAAAAGUGUUCCAAGAAUCAUCUUAUACUGUCUGUAGCCAGAGGGGAAAACACAAGUUGUUCCCACUUCUUCCUAGAAAUGGAAAUUUGGCUAUUGUAAUUAUUGUUUCUGUUGUUGUUCUUCAUUGUUUUAUUGUGAGCCCUUAGUUGUUGCGUUUCCAUUUAUCUUAAACAGUAUUAUACUUCAGUUUAAUCGUUAGGGCAUGAAAUCAUUUGUUAUUUGCACCCAUUUCAGUAUAUGCAUCCGUUUCCACAACCAGUUCUAACCCCCUUCACUUGAUUUCUAAAAACCAAUUUAGGAGGUCUUGGUGGGUGAGUUUUACUUCCGAGGAAUUGGAGUCUCUCUCCGGUGUGUAGCUAAUUGGCCAAGAUCAUUGGGUAUCCUAUUAGGAAAAUGUCACGUGUUUCACUCCCUGCUUUUGUUUGUCAAUUAGUGCUGCCUGUGACAGUAACGGCUCAUUGUGCUAAUCAAUUGCCAAGGUGCCAUUAACUUACCUCUUCAUCCAUUUGAAUACAGAUGCAGUUCUGUGUGACAUGCAAUAAAUUAAACAUGUUGUGGGCAGACCCACUGGAAGGGAAGAACUCCUUAAGAGAGUUCUAACAAUCCCAACUCUGUGUCAUUUAUUUUCCCUGUGCUGAAUCUCUUGUUCAUAUACAGCACACUCACAAUAAUGUCAUUUGGAUCUCUAAUGUUUAAAUUAUUUCUCAGUUCAUUAUAUGAAUUAAUCCAUUAACUAAUGUUGUGAAGACUGAUUACAUGAUCUCUUCAGAAUAAUUUGGCAAAUCUAACCAGGCUCUGGAAUACAGAAAACAUCAAUAUACUGUGCAAGUUUUCUAGGCUAGGGUCUUUUAUAGCCUCUUGAAUGCUACAUAAAGUCAUAAAAGUUGCAAUUAAUUAUUUAAAACACAGCAUUCCUAAGCUUCUGAGAUUCACCUCAUCUACUGAUUUAUAGCAGUCAUACAUCAUGUAUUAAUCUUAAUAAUAAAUAUUAUACAUAUCUAUUAUUAAUAUAAAUAAAUAUAUCCUAAAUAAUCUAUAAUUAUAUAUGAUACUCCAUUAGUCAUGUAGCACUUUUGCAGACUUUCUUACACAGGCAAAGUGCUCUAACAUAUUGGUUAUAGAGCUCUGAUAUCAGGCUCAAAAUGGGAAGAUUUUGCCAUUUAGACUUACACUGAUCACAUGUGGCUAAAUAACUAACAUAGUUGUUGAGGCUUUAAGGCGAUGAAAUAAAUUAUAUUUUUUGAAGGUGUAGAAUCCCUUUAAACGUUACUACUGUCUGAUAAGUGCAACAAAAAUCUUUAGGUAAUCACAAAUACCUUGACCAAAAUCAAUUUUGAUGUCUUCUUCCAAAGGUCCUGCUUGAAUAAUAAACAGUUUUGUUGCUUUUGAAGGCAAUUCCUGUAAAUCAAUCAAAAUCAAUAGUUCAGAUGAAACCUUGAACUGAAAGCAUCCACAUAGCUUGAAUUUUCAGUCGGUAAAACUUCUUUUUUUGAUAAAUGCUAGUGCUCUUUUCUUCCUCCUAAUUCUAAGGGGACAAUGGAUUUGCCUUGGCUGAUUUGACACGCAAUGAUCCGUAUAUUUACAAAAGUGAAAGAAUGAAUGUUGCAACAAAUUACCAGAUGAUGCGGUAUCACGUAAAAGCCAAAAAAAAAAUACAAGAACAGAUGCUGCAUCAGUACUAUUGUGAAAGGUAAAUUGCAUCAGGGAAAUUGUUUUCUAUUUAAACCAUAUUCUGAAUAAAUGAAAACUUAAUGUAGCAGUGGUUUUAUUAUGCUUUGUAAAAUGUUGAAAGACUUGCUGGAAUGGUACGUAAGUGCCCUUAGGAGCUGGAAACAGGUUCAUCUGGUCUAGACCACAUUCUAUAAGAGUAAUUUAAUAAGAUUGAGCUGUGGAGACGGCAGGAUAUUCCUCAACCAGCUGAAGCCCAUUGUAAUAAAACUGAAAACACCUCAUUUCCAUUUCAUAGUUCUUGCUUAUACAUUUUGAUUUAUGCUUUUUGUACAGGUCACAUAGCAUGUAUUAAAUCAUUGUAUCAAAUUAUUGAAUAUUAGUUAUUGUAAUAUAAUAACAAAAAUGACCAAUUGCACGCCUUUGAAAAAUACAUUAUUUCAUGACUAUAUUCCUUUUUUAAAACAAACUGACACCUGAAAUCAUUUCUUCUUUUUUUUUACAGAAAAGGCCAAGCUAGUUCACCAGGACUAGUAACACUUGCUUUUACCUUGAUUUCAAAGCAACGGUCUGAUCAUUUGCUCAUUUGUGUAAGUCUCACAAUAAUAUGGAAGAAAAAAAACAUAUAUUCCAAAGUUCCUCCUCUCAUGAGCCAUUAACUAAUUUAAACUUAUUGUUCUAGCCUUUGUUUCCUGUUAAUGUGUACCUUAUGGCUAGGAUAUAAAAAGGUUUUACUUGAAUGCUGGAGGGUACUGAGAAUGCAAUUGGGCAUGAAAUUGCUAUAAUUUCACUGGACACACUUCACAUAGCUUUUGCAAUUUUUUACCCUUUUGAAGCUAGGACAGGAGAUAAAGGUAGACUAUAUUAUGAGCACAUUUAAGAAAUUAUUACAGUUUCUGUCUAAUAAUUGCUCUGGUUACAGUGAAAGUGGAAAAUACAUGUAUCAUCAGGAUCAGUGACUAACAACAAAUUCGAUUGAAAUUUUAGAUUCUUAAAGGUCUGAGCAUAAAAUAUAAUGGGAUUGUUAUUCCUCCAUGUACAGUACUUUGCACCCCCUUUCCAAUGAUGUGCCAUUUGGUUGAAUUACAAUGUGUGCACAUUUCGUGAAAAUGUUUACUAUAAACUUGAAUGCUUAGAAUGAAUACCCUUAUUUUAAAAUAAUAGUUAAAUAUUCUUUAUUUAUUACAUAUUCAGCAAAAACUGCAAAGAAAAAUCAAAAACUAAAAUAUGUAUGAUUUUGUAAGCAUCCCCCCCCCCUUGUUGUGGCACCAAAAAAGUUCAGGUGCAUAAACUUAAAGGUCUGUGUGAAAUAAGUGAUUCACAUAAAUUCAGAAUACAUAGACUUAACUCUUUAAGGUCCCUUAAUCAAGUGAUGAAUUUCAAGCAAAGAUUCACCCAUGAAGACCAAAAACAACUCCGGGAUAAAGUUGUUGAAAAGUACAGACCAAGAGACGGGUUUAAAAAACUUUUUAAAGACAAUGAAUACUGCUUGGAUAUUCAUUAUCAAGUACAUAAGCCAAGUCAAGUGGAAGAUGUAUCAUAUCACUCCGACAUUACUUGGAUCAGGCUGUCCUUCAGCUGAACAGAAAGUUUCCAGGGAGAAAAGGAUGCCACCACGAGGCCAAUGAUGUAUUCAAAAGAGCUGCAGAGUUCAAUGACUGUGAUAUGGGAAGAUAUCUAUAAGGUGACAAUAUCCUAGUCACUUCACAAAGCUAGACUGAUUUCUCAAAAGGAAGCCGUCACUGAAAAAAAACAGCAACAAAGUAUUUUAGGGAUACUGCUUACGUGUGGAUUUUUUUUUUUGUGGCAGCCAAUACAAAGGAGUUACAUUCAGUGCUAAUUCAACUCAGUGCAUCACCCAGUUAACACCAUAACUACUCUUAAACACGGUGGUUACAGCAUUAUGUUAUGGGACCACUUCUGGAUUGAGGAAAAAAAGAAUGUAGCAAAGUACAGGCAGAUCUUAGGGGAAAGCCUGCUUCAGUCUUGAAGACAAAACUUCACUUUUCAGCAGGACAAUGACCAAAAACAGAAGGCCAGAGCUACUGUACAAGACAGUGGCAGAAAAAGAAGAAAGUGAGUGUUCUUGAGUGACAGGAAGUACUGACUUAAAUCUAAUAGAAACAUUGUGACCAGACUUGAAAAUUGUUUUCAAAGAUCCCCAAGCAACUUGUCAGAACCUGAGCAAGAUUUCAAAGCAGAAGGGGUGAAAAUUGUCAAUCGGAUGUGUAAAGGUGGUAGAGACGUAUCUAAAAACACUCAACGUAUUUUAUUUUUUGUGUUUCUUUGCAGUUUUUGCUGAUAUUUAACUUAUUUCAAUCUUAAAAGUGUGCAGCUUGAGGAUUGCAGUUUUUAUUUAAAAUAUCAAUUCAAAUAAAUAAUAAGUACAUUAUUUGGAAUUCAACAAAAUGGAACAUCAUUGAAAGGGGAUGAAUACUUUUGCAAGGGACUUUAUAAUACAAUGUGUUUUAGGUUAAUUUAUUUUGUGUUUAUCAAUUGUCUAACAAAAAACAUAACUUUCCAUCAUCUAAAACUUGAAUUUUUGGGUUAUGUAUAAAUGUUUUUUGGAUAACACAGUGCAAACAUUUGUAAAGCGAUUAUAGUGGAUUAUAUCUUUGGCAUAAUACUUAAGCCACAGACGAAAGCAUUAGAAACAUAGAAGAAACAUCAAUUGUCUCUGAUAAACCUAACCAAGAGGUAAUCUCCAAAUGCAAUGCUGUGUUUUAAAGUCCCUGAGGGUUAACUGAACUGCAUAUGUAUCAUGAAAAACUUUACUUGGAAAUGAAACCCUGGUAACAAGAUAAACAUUACUAGAAUAAGGUCUGAUUCUUUGGCUGUGAAAUCAUGUCAAUAUGUGCAAACACAUUUGUGAGAAAGUUGAAAAAGCUUAUGUGGUAUGUGUUUGUAGUAUGGAAACAUGAUUAAUAGGUCAUAACACAAAUUGUGUGUCAUAGACCGUGGGAGAAAUUUGUACAGUGACCUCAGGAAUAUUCCAAUCGUAGAAGCUCAACAAGAUUGUACUCAGUACAAAAAUUACAAGAUUGUACAGAGAGUACAAAAUUGUGGUCAGUAGGCAGGAGACCUUUAAGGAAAACCAGGUUUUGCUAUAGCUGGUGUUGGUGGACAAAUGGGACAAGUUCCAAACCAAGGUUCCAGUUUGGUGACUGGAGACACUGUGCUAUAUGAGGUUUUAAAUAUGAGUUUGAGCAGUAGUGAUCCUAUAGCUCUGUUUACAAGCGUGGGGUGGUCAAGCCCUCCCACUUGACUAAAUGACACCUUGGUCUCACACACACUGACAUUCAAAAUAAGCUGUACCUGGUCUCUCACUGAUGUUAUUGUUAGGCUUGGGACUGUUGCACCGAUUCCCAGAAUAUCCUUGCAAACCCAUCCCAACCCUAUACCAGUAGCACAUCUGCAAGUGUGCAGCACAUCUUUGCAAUGAAAUCACAGUCACUGUAAUAAGUCUGGCCCAUAAGGCUCAACCUACACCAACAGAGUACUUUUGUUGUUUAAGUCACUCAAGUUCUCCUCUCUAAACUGUUUCUCCGUACCUAUUUAUGACAGAGCUGUUAUAUUUUUAUUUGUGAGAAGUCUUGGACCUUUACUCAGAUCUGUAAAUUUACCUUCGAUUGAUCCAUUAAGUGAUGGGCCACUAGGAAUCAGGCAAAAAACACUCAAAGGUCACUUGGUUGGCUGUGUUUUGUCUUAGCUACGGAUAUACAGUAUAAUGUAAGAUAUCCCAAAACUAAUAAAUCACUGUAAUUGUUUGUAGCACAAAGACGAUUGGAUUACAAGUUUGAAAUCAUUACUUCCAAUGGUAACAAUUCUAAACAUUGGCUUAAGGAAUCUCAGAGGACAAAACUGAUAAGACCAUAGAAACAACAUCCUUACCAGAUGUAAAAUUGGUUUCAGACCUCAUGAGAAGAGAGCCUUUCUGCCUGCUAAGUUAGAAUGUCAGCCGCAGAGACUCAGUGUUUUUUCCAUCUUUCACCGUCCUAUUUAAAGGGGAAGUGCUGGAUUUAAUUUGUUGCACAAAUUAAGGAGAGGUUGACCAAUAAGGUCUUGAGCAUAACUCUGUAAUCUUCUUCUUUUGGUAUGUAGAAAAGCAAGGAAUGUGUAAAGCAAGGUUGUACAUUAAAAUUGUAUGUGGUGAAAUAAAUAAUAAUAUGCAUUUACAUACAAAUACAAGAAAUUGCAGUAAGUGUUAUUUCUAGGGACAGCUUGUGGAAUCCACCCAUUCAAUUGGAUAUUUGCAUAACAUUCAGAAAUACCCUAUUUAGAGCAUACAAUGCUACAGGAUGGACUUGAGAACAGAAAUACUGCAACUUUCACCUUUAAAAAAUAUGAUAAAAAUUUAAGGAUCUUUCAUCCUUUUAAAUCAGUAAUGUGUCCGUUGCGUAAAAAAAAUCUGAAAAUGUUCAACUGUGGAAUGUAAAACCGUACUAAAUAAAAUCUCAUUGGUGUGUUUGCUAGUA